AUCUCGCGGACCAACUGAUGCCAUUCCUCCACCCACUGUUGAGGAAAUAUGAGACGCGGGCUGUAGCUAGUUUCUCUCUAAGGGCCAGGUUCCCCCAAACCUUCCGUCUGUAGCCCGACUUUCUCCCCGCCUUUCUCCCCGCCUUUCUCUCCGCAUUUCUCUCCGCCCAUACCGCGCACUGCUCUCCGCCGCCCUCAGCAUGAGUUUCCGCGGAGGCGGAACGGCUGGCGGAAGCGCGCGGAAGGGCCCGCAAUACGUGCGCCACAUCCCCAAGUUCCUGCAGAAAUACGAGCACCUGAUAGAGAGGCGCGAGGGGCAGAAGGUGGGAGCAGGGCGGAGGUAGGAGGUCCAGGAGCGCAGGAUGAUGAUGGUGAGUCAGGAGCUUCAAGGCGCUACUAUUGUUUAUGACGAGAGGGAGGGGGGAGCAGGGACAGGAGGGGAGGAAGGGGAAGCAGCCUGGACAGCGAGUGAGUUGAAGGAGCAGGGCAAUGCAGCAUUCUCGAGGGGGGAGUACGAGGAGGCAGUCAGGCUAUUCACUCGGGCCAUUCAAGCCGACCCCAGCUCCAGUGUCUUAUUCAGCAACCGGUCAGCUGCCCAUGCAGCAAUGAAGAGCUUCCAACAGGCAUUGCAGGAUGGGAGAAAGGCGCUGCAGUUGCAGCCGCGGUGGGCCAAGGCUUACUCCCGGAUUGCUGUGGCGCACUUUGGGCUGAAGCAGUAUGUAGAGGCAGCAGCAGCUUAUGAGAAGGGGCUCAAGUGCGAUCCUCUCAGCACCGUGUGCAAGCAAGGAGUGCAGCAGGCGCGGGAGAGGCUGCAGCAGUUGGACGAGAAGGAGGCGAAGACAGGGAAGCACACGUUUCGGAAGCGGAAAACAGCAGAGGAUGCGAAAGGGGAGGGGAACAUGGGAGAUGCAAAGAGAGGGAAACAGCCAAAAAGGGCGAGUGGUGGGCAGGGGACAACACAGAAAGGGGUUGGUUCUCUACUAUCAUUUGACGACGAGUGAGGCGGCAUGCAACUGGGAAAUGCUAAAUAUAGGGGUCAGGAAGGGGAAAAUGGAUCAAAAUUACAUUUAGAUGACGAAUACGUCGAUACUUUUGUUUUCCCAUCCCAUUCCUUGCUUCUUGCUCUUGCCCACUUGUUCAUUCUGUGCCAGUUCUACGUAACGAAUCUGUGAAGUGUAACUUUUUAGUAACAUAU